AUGGUACCAUCUUCCCUGAGAAAUCGUCUCCUCAUCACUGCUAUAUUCUCGGCCUCGCUAUUCAGUUCCGGAUACGCCGCAUGCGAGACACAGGAAAUCAAUCUUUUCGCAAACCCAUCCUUUGAACUCGGAGAUCUGACUGGUUGGACUGUUGCCAUCGAGGAACAAGACGCAGAGGUCAUAACAGGAGAUGCCUCUGAUGGCCAAUAUUAUUUUACGGACGGAUUCGUAGGCGCAGCAGGCGAGAAUUAUCUGUACCAACAGUUAACAGAUCUUGACACUACGCAGACCUACUCCCUCUCCGUCGACUAUAAAUUUGCGACUCCAGCAAAAUAUCUAGACCUUCCUACCGUCCCAUACCAUGUUUGCAUCUUAGCAUUUUCGGAGAAUACCUUUUCUAGCUUUAUCGAUAGUAGCUACAAGCUGAUCUACGCGUCUGAGGAUCCCUCUUGGUCAACUUUCACGAGAUCCUGGCAACCCUCAUCGGCUACCGCGAAUCUUUACAUUUUUUUCUACUGUGACUCUGCCGGAUACAACUCCCUCAGCCUGGAUAACGCGAAAGCUAUGGGAACGGUAUCAGUCUGCUCGAGUACAAGCACUCCCACUCCGACUCCUACCACAACUCCUUCCGGUGUUGCCACUUCCUCGUCUAUCGCUAUCCAUACCUCGUCAAGUAUUCCUGUCUCUUCGGUCGUCAGCUCUGCUCGAGUCUCUUUGAGCUCCUCUCGCUCUGUCGUGCCUUCCAGCAUUCCUGCUUCUUCAUCCGUUACUGCCAUUGCUAGCUCGAAGUCCAUUCCGACUAGCAGCAGCCUCAUUGGGCCUGUUUCUUCUGCUCCGGCUCCUUCUGCCCCGGUCUCCUCAGGUCUUCCGACUACAUCCGUUCCCUCUAGCUCAGCACCCUGGAGCCGUCGUCCUAUUUCUUCGGCUCCUGCUAGUUCGGCACCCUGGAGCCGUCGGCCCAUUUCGUCGACUCCUCUUCCUUCCUUAUCAUCCAUUCCCUGGUCUAUUCCUACCGGUCCAGCUGGCUCCACUGGUCAUGGUCCUCAUCCCGGUUCUGGUCAUGGUGGUAAACCUGGCUUUGGCUACGGUGGCAAACCCGGCUACGGUCAUGAAGGUGGUCACCCCGGCUCUGGUCACGAGGGCGGUAAGCCUGGCUCUGGGCAUGAAGGUGGUCACCCUGGCUCUGGUUACGAAGGUGGUAAGCCUGGCUCUGGUGACGAAGGCGGUCACCCUGCCUCUGGCCAUGAAGGUGGGAAGCCUGGCUCUGUUACAGGCCUUCCACCUCCUCAAGUCACCACGUCGACUAUUCUGAGCACCCGCACCACCACCAUCACUGCAUGCCCCUCCAGUGUUACUGACUGUCCUGCCCGUCAACGCACAACUUAUCUUACUACCGAGACCGUCGUUGUCGGUACUACCAUUUGCCCAGUUACUGCUGCUGAGGCCACCCAGACUGCAAGCUCUACUUCUACUCAGGAAUGGACCACAUCCACUGCACUCACCACUCGCACUGCAACUAUCACUGCUUGCCCUUCGUCCGUAAAGAACUGCCCUGCUUCUGAAAAGUCGACUUGGGUCACUACGGAGACUGUUGUCGAUUAUACUACCAUCUGCCCAGUCACUGCGGCUGAAGCCACCCAGACUGCAAGCUCCAGCUCCACCUCGACUCAGGAAUGGACCACUUCUACUGCCUUUACCACACGCACUGCAACUAUCACUGCUUGCCCUUCGUCUGUAAAGAAUUGCCCUGCUUCUGAGAAAUCGACAUGGGUCACUACGGAGACUAUUUUCGAUUAUACUACCAUCUGCCCAGUCACUGCAGCUGAAGCCACCCAGACUACAAGCUCCGAGUCUGCCUCGUACACUGACGCCGGACCAAGCGGCGCCGAAUGGACUGGUUCUGUCUCGAGCGGCCCGUUGUCUACUAGCUCCGAGUCUGCCUCGUAUACUGGUGCCGGACCUAGCGGCGCCGAAUGGACUGGUUCUCCCUCAAGCAGUUCGUUGUCUACUUACUCCAAGCCAGAGUCACCGACCGCCAUUGCAACCGAAGCCUCGACAGUCGGGAGUGCGCAAGCUAUCAACACCGGCGCAUCGGGUGUUGGCGCCCUUGGAACCACCGUCUCUUCUAGCGGCAAGCCUAUCAAGGCCACCCCUUCGAGCUUUGCUACAUCGAGCUCUUCCAUUCCUUAUAUUGCUUCUUCGCCAUCUGGCUCUACCACUGGACAAGCAAGUGGCACUACCGUCACCGGCCCUGUCUACACUGGAGCUGCGACUUUCUCUUCCACUUUCUCUGCCAGCCUUCUUUGCGGCUUGGUCCUCUUUGCCAUGUCUCUUGUAUAUUAA